CACCACAAUUGGCGCCGCUUCCCUCACCACCAGCACACCGUAGCCGUAUCACUUUCCUGCAACUUAUCAAUUUCUAUGGUGGGAGCCACUGCAUGUGUCAGGUCCAGAUUCAUCCACCUCAUCAAAACACUCAAUAUUCCGAUCCUGUGUAAACGCCACCAUACUACCACUCUAACGCGUCGCAAACUGCUAAAUCUCAAGACCGAGUGGCAGAACACCACUGGCUACCGUUACAAGGAGAACUGAGAGUUCGAUUCAUGGGAUAGGUUCUCCAAUCAAAGUAACCGCUCCACGUAGGAUUUGUUUAUCCAUAAAAGGACUUUCAAUUCAAACUGACAGAGCCUCCGUUAACCUGUCACCGGGGGCGCAGGUUAGCAGCAAGCGUAAAAAUGCGGCAUCAAGUAUGUGGCUCGCGGGCAUUUCGGAACAAGUAGCAGAACUGUGAAUUGGUCUCUGAAGUGCACAUCAGAUAGCAUGUGGCUUUGCUUCGUAGCUGAAGGAGAUGGGGUUUUCAGUUUCUGUUCGCUCCUCUCUUCCUCUUUAUAAGUUGUUCUCGCCGAGGCUCAACUCGAGACAGAAUCGAGUGGAUUGUAUAACCACAAUUUCAAAAAGAAGAAAAUCUUCUCCACUGCAGAUCGUUAAAUCAGUCUUGAACAGCAGCAACUCAAGCAUUGAUGACAAUGGGGCAACUGAACCAGCCAGGAUUCUUCUUGAAAGAUUGUUUGCACAGACUCAGAAACUCGAAAAACAGAUGGGUCCACAUUCGCACCUCCCUGCAGAUGUUUAUCCUGGCUUUAAUCUUGAAAUCCUGGAGUCUGAUCUUCUUGCUGUUUUGGAAGCCUUAAGGAAGAAGGAAGAAGAUCUUCAAGAUGCUGAAAGACAGGUUUUAUCUGAGCACAGCGAUUUAAACCAUGCAAAGGAGAUGUUGGAAUUACGAGAAAAUGAAAUUGCAAUUGCUUAUUCUAAGCAUGAAAAACUAGAAGGGGAGCUUAAGCUGGCAAAUGUUUACCUAGCUUCUCAAUCCAGACAGAUUGAAGAUUUAAGGCUUCAAGUUAAAGAGAGGGAGGAUGUGAUUUUCGCUGCAAAAUCUGCACUAUCUUUGAAGGAAGAUGAAAUAGAAAAAAUGAAAAGUAAGUUAAUAAAGAAGAGCGAGGAAGCUGAGAAAAUGGACACUGAACUGAAAUGCAAGUCUCAACUCUUGGAAGAAGCUAAUGAAGUUGUGAAGAAACAAGAGAUCGAGCUUCAACAACUUAAAAAUGCUAUCCGAGAUAAGCAAGAAAAACUGGAAGUUUCAAAAACACUUAGAAAACUUGAAGAGGAGAAGUUAAAAGUUGCAGAGGCUAACUUGGAGAAGCAGACCAUGGAAUGGUUAAUAGCACAGGAAGAACUUAAAAAGUUGGCCGACAAUGCAUCUAAACAAAUUGUAGAAACUAAAGAAACCAUGGAGAACUUCAGAAGAGUGAAAAAGCUUCUAAUUGAUGUGAGAUCUGAGCUGGUCUCUUCACAGAAAUCUCUGGCGUCCUCUAGAAAGCGAAUGGAAGAACAGGAAAAGCUAUUAAAGCAGCAACUAGCACAUCUCGAAGAAGAGAGGAAGAGUGUCUUAUCUUACAUGACCAGUUUGAAAGAUGCCCAAAUAGAAGUUGAGAGCGAAAGAGCAAAGCUUAGGAUUUCAGAGGCUCGAAAUAAGGAGCUUGAAAGAGACUUGUCAAUAGAGAAGGAGCUCAUAGAAGAAUUACAUGAGGAGUUGAAGAAGGAGAAAUCUUCUCUAAAGCAGGCAAUGGAAGAAAUGUCUUCCCUAAGGGAGGAACUGGAGCAGAAAAAUACUGAAUUUGGGGAAAUUCAUGGUCUUAUUCAGGAUAAAGAGUCAGAAUUGGUGGAAGCAAAGCUAGAAAUUCAGCAUUUGAAGUCUGAACAGGCUUCUCUUCAGCUUGUCUUGGAGGGGAAAGAUCGGCAACUCUUAAGUGCAAAGAAAAAAUUGGAGGAAGUAGACCAGGAGAUUGCUGAGCUAAAGAUGCUUUUGAGCAGCAAAGAAGAUCAACUAAUUCAAGCAACAAAUAUGCUGAAGGAGAAAGAGGAGCAUGUGCAGGUGAUGCAAGAUGAGUUGAAUGAAACGAAGAUGAAAAUAUCUGAAGCUGAAACUGUAGUGGAACGAAUAGUAGAGCUUACAAACAAACUGGUCAUCUCCAUUAAGGAUGAAGAUCAUAAUGCAUUUGCGCCAUCAGAUAGCACUAGUUUGGACCUCGUGCAACAACCCUUGGACAGGCCAGGUGAUUAUUUUAGGUUGCAGAAAGAACAGCUUGAAAAUGAGCUCAGCUUGACCAGAGAGAGAUUAAGAAUGAAAGAGAUGGAAGUUCUAGCUUCUCAGAAGGCUCUUACCAUCAAAGAUGAGGAACUCAAAGCAGUUCUUGGGAAAUUAGAUGCCAGAGAAAAGGAACUAAAAGGACUCAAGGAUGAAAUGAUUGAAGAUGCUAAUGAUCUGAAGAAGCUGUAUACUCUAGCUCAAGAGAGAAUAGGUGAGAAAAGCAUUGGGGAGCUGGCAAUUGAGAAGCUUCAACUUGAGGCAGCUCAACUGGAAGUUGAAGCUGCAACCAGUGCUCUACUUAAGCUCGUAGAAAUGAGUCGAGAACUUCUGAAUAAAGCUAACUUGAGCAUUAUGGCUGAUGCUGAUGCCGAAACCGAUAUUAGUAUGUUCUUGCAAAAUUACUCAGAUCCUGGAAUAAGCAUGUUCGGGAACAAUGAAUGUCUGAAGGAGGUUAAAACGGGAGUUGUUCGGCUGUCAGCUAUGACUGAGCAGCUGGUGAAAGAAGCUGGAGUUGCUGCUGGUGUGAACUAAUCGAAGCAUUGUAGCCGAUUCUGUGUAUAAGUCUCAACUAAUUUAUUGUCAGCACUUGAGCACAACGAUGUUGGAGAUCAAGUCCUAGUCCUUAGCCGUAUGCGCCCACAGUUGUUCUGUAUGAAUGUAAAAUUUGUAUUGUUUUGUACUUCAAUACGAGCUCUUGACCGAACUGAGAUUAUAUUUCAAACAUAUAUACAGUUGUUUCUUUAUCUUA